AUGGAUAAUUAUUUGAAAUGUAUGAAAUUCACAGAGAAUAAGAAUGCUCCAAAUUGUAGAAUCUUGGCUAAACAAUACUUGAAAUGUAGAAUGGAUAAUCAAUUAAUGGAACAAUCUGAUUGGGAAAGUUUGGGUUUGGUGAAUUUACCUGGUGAAAAACAUGUUGAUAUUGGUAAGAAAUACAAUCAAGAUAAAGACAAACAGUCCCUGUCCUCCUCCUCCACCAACAACACAACGACGACCACCACAACAACAAAAUAA